UAUUGUAGUAACAUCCACCUCUUUUCUUGGUCUACAGUAGUGGUAUAAUACAUUCAUUAUACUUCGUAGUGGUGAUUGGUGGCAAUGGCAAUAGCAAUAGCAGUGGCAGUAUGCCGUGUGCAGGCCGUGCGGAUGCCAUCACUAGCCGUGCGGCGAUACGCGAUGGUGAUCGAGAAUGAUAGGUGAUGGCGAUGUGACACAAUGCAGAACGAACUAAGUGGUAUUUAUAGUUUAAUAGGUUUUCGGCUUGUGACAGAUAAUUUCAUUAUAAUACUGACUAGCAAAUUGACUAGAUUGACUGACUAGCAAAUUCACAAUUUUAAUGUUUUGAUUCGACAUCUGGAAUUGAACUUGCUGCAAGUACGACUGCCACUCCUCGGAACUUUACUUUUUGAAUAUUUUUGAUAAUUUGCGUUCAAUAUGACAAGUUACAAAUAAUACCGAAUAUCUUUUUAUCUUUUUUCCUCUUUAAACACUCUCCUUCAUGAAGUUCUAAUACUUGUUGAGGCAUGGAAGUGGCAGAACAACCUUGUUUUGUGCAUCCUCAGAAGCUUUUUUCGAAUACAAAAUCUGAAAGCCUUACUAAUCAUAUCCAAAAUGCACAGGAGAUGGGCAAGAGUCCUUCAGAGGAGAGUACUCACUCUCCUCUUGAUAUUUGCAUGGAUGGAUGUUCUGCAUUGGAAAAUGGUGAGAUAAUGUCCAAAAGACCUUGUAUUAUGAAUGGAAGUGACAAAAUUAGUGUUUCUCCUGUUGUUGAAAAUGGGCAUGCGGAUGCUGCAAAUGAAGCACUUAUUGUAAGAACACAUCCUCUUGAACCUAUUAGCUCUACCACAGACAGUCUGAGUCAGAGCGAACAAAGUAUUGAUUUUGAUCUCAUAAAAGAAACUGGUUCAACAAAAAAGAAUAAAGCAAAGAAGCGAGUUAAUAUCUGCACUGACCGGGAAACUUUAGAAGAAGAUGGUCUUCAUAAUGUGGAAACUAUAGCUUUGAGAAGAGGUUCGGAAACAUCCGAUUCUGUUGCUAUGAGCAGUAGCACUGAUGGAUGUCUGACUAUGACUGGAACUAUUAAGCGUGGAAAGAAGGCAGGUCAGAGUGUAGAUGUUAGAUUGAAUAUGUCUCGAGAAGAACUUGAAGUAUUAGAGGCUGCUAUUGCUGCCAAAAAGGGACUUGUGCAAAUUUCAUGGUUUUUCGAAAGUUGGUACAAAGAAAUGACAGAUCUUGAAAAGGGCUUCUAUGGUUGGUUAUGUGCUGCACUUAAGCAUGAAGAUUGUUCUCCAUAUGAAGUUGUUGUACUUACUGAAAUACAGGGACCAGGUGACGUAGGGAUAACAGUAAGAUCUUCAUCCGAAGAUUCCACCACAUAG